AUCACCCCAUUUUACCCAUAUACUUGUUUAUUUCCUUGUUAUUUAUUCUGUUUUUGAGUUGCGUUGACAAACCUCUGACGCCAUGGAUGCCGCUGCGCUGGAAGUGGACGCUUUAAAGUUUGCGAAGUUGGCUGUCAUCAAUGACCAAAUAGGAAAAUAUAAAGAAGCUGUGUUCUUUUACAAGGAAGCAGCCCAAGCCCUCAUUUAUGCUGAGAUGGCCGGUUCAACCCUGGACAACAUUCAGGGCAAGAUAAAUGAGUACCAGGACCGGGUACAAGCUCUGUUUAAUGCAGUUCAAGCUCAGAACAUUGAAACAUUAAAAUCUAAACAGCAACUGGACCUGGAACGAGCACGCUUCCUUGUCACACAGGCAUUUGAAGAAGAUGACAAAGGAAAUGCAGAAGAAGCCAUUGAGCUGUAUUCAGAGGCAGUAGAGCUUUGCUUGACAACAUCUAAUGAAACUACAGAUCAAAACCUACAAACCAAACUGAAGCAGCUGGCUCGGCAAGCCUUAGACAGGGCGGAAUCUUUAAAGGAAUCUACGUCCAAGUCUUCUGCCAAAGACAAGAUAUCUGUCCUCAAGCCAAGCCAACCAGCAAGACAAUACUUUCCUCUGGGUCCAGACUUCAGUUUAAAUGAUAAACCACCAACUGCCAAACCUGCCCAGAGUAAUGAGCCACCUCGCCAGAGAUACACAUCAGAGGAGAUCGAAGUGCUUAGGAAGACCUCAAAAAUCAACGGCAUUGAGUAUGUUCCAUUCAUGAGUGUCGACCUGAAGGAACGUUUUGCCUUUCCCAUGCCAUACUCGGACAAGUAUGGCAAGUUGGCACUAUCCCCCAAACAGAAAGCCAUGUUUUCCAGGUGGAUGAGACCAGACGAAAUAACCAACAACCCCACAAUGAUCUAUACUGUGUCAAGUUUCAGCAUUAAGCAGACCAUAGUGUCAGAUUGCUCCUUUGUGGCCUCCCUUGCCAUCAGCGCUGCUUAUGAGAGACGGUAUAACAAGAAGCUCAUAACAAGCAUAAUCUUUCCACAAAAUAAGAAAGGAGAGCCGGAGUAUAACCCAUGUGGGAAAUAUAUGGUGAAACUGCACAUCAAUGGUGUGCCUAGAAAGGUUAUAAUAGACGAUUUUCUUCCUGUGGAUCAUAAUGGAGAGUUGCUGUGCUCAUAUUCUAACAACAAGAAUGAAUUGUGGGUGUCUUUAAUUGAAAAAGCCUACAUGAAGGUGAUGGGAGGUUAUGACUUUCCUGGAUCCAAUUCGAAUAUCGACUUACAUGCACUGACUGGAUGGAUACCAGAGAGGAUUGCUAUGCACUCAGGCAACCAGGCCUUUGAUAAAGAAAGCACUUUUAGAAUGCUCUACCAAAGAUUUCACAAAGGUGAUGCACUUAUUACUACAGCUACAGGAGUGAUGACUGAAGAAGAAGGGGACAAAUGGGGCUUGGUCCCUACACAUGCAUAUGCCGUCUUGGACAUUAGGGAAUACAAGACGUUGAGGUUCCUGCAGUUGAAGAACCCCUGGAGUCAUUUAAGGUGGAAAGGCCGUUUUUGUGAGAAGGACGAGAGGAGCUGGACCCCAGAGCUGCAGAAAUACUUGAAUUUUGAUCCACGGACAGCCCAGAAAAUUGACAAUGGUAUCUUCUGGAUUACAUGGGAAGAUCUGUGUCAGUACUAUGAUGUCAUCUAUUUAAGCUGGAACCCAAGCCUCUUCAAAGAAUCAACAUGUAUCCACAGUACAUGGGAUGCAAAGCAGGGCCCAGUGAAAGACGCUUACAGUCUUGCAAACAAUCCUCAGUACAGACUUGAAGUCCAGUGUCCUAAAGGAGGAGCUGCAGUAUGGAUCUUGCUAAGCAGGCACAUCACUGAUAAGGAUGACUUUGCACAGAACCGAGAGUUUAUAACGCUUGUUGUUUACCAGAACGAUGGUAAAAAGGUUUACUACCCAGCUGACCCUGUCCCCUACAUUGAUGGAAUCCGGAUAAACAGCCCUCAUUACCUGACAAAGAUCCCCCUGACUACCGCAGGGGCCCAUACCUUCACUCUGGUGGUGUCUCAGUAUGAGAAGCAGAAUACUAUCCAUUACACACUCAGGGUCUAUGCAGCUUGCAAGUUUACAUUCUCCAAGAUCCCAACUCCAUACACAAUCAACAAACGGGUGAACGGCCAGUGGAAGGGACAGAGUGCUGGAGGAUGCGGCAACUUCAGAGAAACCCACAAAAAUAACCCUGUGUACCAGUUUCAGGUGGAGAAAGCUGGACCGUUACUGACUGAGUUGAGAGGACCAAGACAGUAUAGUGUGGGCUUUGAGGUUGUCACUGUGUCCACACCUGGAGAUCCAGGACCAUCGGGAUUCCAGAAGAAAAGCAGCGGAGAUUACAGAUGUGGAUUCUGCUACCUAGAAAUAGAAUGUGUACCAGCAGGAGUAUAUAACAUCAUCCCCACCACAUUUUUGCCUGCCCAGGAGGGCCCAUUCUUUUUGGACUUCAAUAGUACUACACCAAUCAAGGUUUCCCAGCUACAGUGAUCGAGAAAUGUCAGCGAGCUCUUCUCAGGACAUACCUCCGCAAUACAAUUCCGACUGGUAGCGGGAGAACCCAGCCAUGCAUGGAGUUUCAGUGGCGCAUGCAGAGGGAAUCAUUAAGCCUUCAAUACUGUUCUAGAUAUCAUACUUCAUACUGCGUAUACAACCCUGCCUGAAGAACUUUCUUUUAUAGAGGGGGAAGGGUAACUGCUGGCAGCCUGCAGUUUAAUGUGUACUUGAAUAUUUUAUUCAAAUAAUAGAGCUAUAAAUAAAUAUUUUUCCAACACA